CUUGAACAACUAUAUUGGACUGUGACUAGGUUUUGAGAAAGGGAGAGUGAGGCAGUUUUUCAAGACUCACUCUCUCCGAUUCUUUGACCCAGAGGCGGAACCCCAAAAUUAUUUAGAAUGGCUUCUUGUGAUAAUUCAUUCUCUGUCUCCCCCGAAACCGAGAAGUUCCUCUGUGACCGUUUGAUCGACCCCACACAGCCGAUAUCGGAGCGAUUCAGAGCCCUCUUCUCUCUUCGCAACCUCCGUGGCCCUGCUCCUCGUCAAGCGCUCAUUCUCGCAACAAGAGAUUCUUCAAACUUGUUGGCACAUGAAGCUGCAUUUGCCUUGGGUCAAAUGCAAGAUGUUGAUGCUGUUCCUGCUUUAGAGGCAGUUCUUAAUGAUUUUUCUUUGCAUCCCAUCGUUCGCCAUGAGGCAGCAGAAGCGCUUGGUGCUAUUGGUUUAGAGAGUAAUGUUCCCCUUCUAAAGAAUAGCUUGGUUGUAGAUCCAGCUCAGGAGGUCCGAGAAACUUGUGAAUUGGCUCUCAGGCGAAUUGAGGAAGUGAAGAAUGUUGUUGGCAAUGAUGGAAUGUCCAUAGUAGAAGCAUCACCUUUUUUAUCAGUUGACCCUGCUGCACCUGCUUCUUCUUGUUCUUCUGUAGACCAACUUAGGGAAGUGCUUUUGGAUGAAGAAAAAGGCAUGUAUGAGCGGUAUGCAGCUCUUUUUGCACUUCGGAACCAAGGUGGAGAUGAAGCUGUAUCUGCGAUUGUUGAUUCUUUGUGUGCAAACAGUGCUCUUCUGCGUCAUGAGGUUGCUUAUGUUUUGGGCCAAUUGCAAGACAAAGCUGCUUCGGCUGCACUUUCCAAUAUACUGAGGAAUGUGAAUGAACACCCGAUGGUUAGACAUGAAGCAGCUGAGGCUCUUGGCUCUAUUGCAGAUGAACAUAGCGUGGCACUUCUUGAGGAGUUCGCCAAGGAUCCUGAGCCUAUCGUCUCACAGAGUUGUGAAGUUGCUCUCACCAUGCUGGAAUCUGAAAGAUCUGGCAAAUCCUUUGAGUACCUCUUCAUGCAGACGCCGCAGGUACAAUAAACUCUUACAGGUUCUCCACCUCGCAUCAAUCUGGCUAACCAUCUGCUAGUCACUGAAGGAAUGAUCUUCAUGAGAUAAAGUUAAUGGCGUCGUUUUUGGCUUUGCACCGAGGGGUAGGACAUUUUAACAUGUUCAAUCAUGAACUGAAGGACAGCUUCCUAUGCCAGCAGAAACUUACGAGGUUAGUUAACAUUAGUUAUUUAUAUACUCUGAGGGAGUUCAUUUCCCCUUUGUUGUUCUUUGUCAUACCAUAAAGAGAUGUUUCCUUAAAAUUAAACAACUUUACUGGUCCUUUGGGCUGAAUUUUGGAGUAUAAAUUUGAUUGCUUGAUCAAGUUUCGUUUUGGCACCA